CCUGUAACAGUGUCAUUGAUUCUGUAAAACGAUCAAUAUGAGGUCGCAGGAUUUGCAAUAGCUAAAUGAAGACUACAGAAGCAUAUAGGAAACCGAUAUUCUCAAAGGAGUUCCAAAUAUUGGCACAAAGACGGAAUCGCGCAGUGAUUGAUUUUAUGUUUUUCUUCUUUGGUGUAAUGAUUUUGUAUCGAUAUCACAGUGUGAAAAUUAUAGACAACCGUGAUUAGAUUUAUGAACAUCAAUUUAUCGUAGAAAAGAAAUACAAAAUAUGGCAUGGUUUUAAUGUUUCUGUUCGCAACUUCCUGAUUGUCCAGGUACCAGCAUUUAGAAUGCUAUCCAGACUAAGUUACAUUAACUUGACUCUGUUUUGUCUUGUCUUAUCUUUUGGAGCACAGUUAAUUGGGUUUGCCGUCCCUGGUUGGCUGAGCGUCAGGAUAGAUACAUCAUUCCUAUACGAACAUGUAUAUGAAAAUGUUGUGAGUCAAACCUUCGCCCUGUGGUAUGUGGUUAUAUGUGUGAAUGGUACUUGUCAGACCAAAUCUUACGAGCAGUUACAGAAAGAUGGAUAUAAAAAUUCAGAGGUCGAAUUCGACGUGCAAGAUUCUUUUGAUUAUGAUUUCACAGCUAAGUAUUCAAGAUUUCCGUUCUCAAGACUACUUGAGUUCCAGAUCGAGACGGCUUGUGCCGUAGUGCUUGUACUAAUGGGCCUUAUUCUGGUGAGAAAGCAGAAGAAAUGUUUUUUGCUUUAUAUGUCAGGAAGACUUGGAGAAGAUCCACGACUUUCCAGAUUCUGUAUGGUGUUUUGUUAUUCAGUUAUUUCAGGUGCUCUAAUUCUUGUUCCUACAUCUACAUUUAUAGAUGUUAACGAAGAUCUCAGAGCGUUGUCGGAUAAUUUUGAUGUAGGCGUACCAUAUGCGCUUAUAUGUGGAGGUGCAGGGGGCAUUCUGGCGCUGUUAUCUUGCUUUUUUAUCAUAGGAACUAUGUGCAUGUCCAUAAGUAUUGAAGAUUACAGCAGUGAAAAUAUUUCUGUUGCUGUGAAUGGUAAUAAUCAGUCGGUCCCUCUUGUACAGUCAGUUGCUGAAACUUCUACUGGCGGGUUUACACAGUCAGUUUCACCUAGGAAUACAAUUACUGAUGGAAAUAAACGUAGAAAAACUGUGGUUUUGGCAAUAAAUACAGAGAAACGUGAUGGGAACAAUCAUUUAGAAGGAAAACAGGGAAAAUCUGUUUGUGAUACUAACUAUGCUAGGUCCAGUGAAAAUAUUGAACUUCCGGCGCCGGACUACAACAAAUGUGUGCAAAAAUAUAGUUGUACCGAACCAACUUAGUGACACAUUCUUGGAUUUCACCACAAAUACAAAUAACCAUGUGAUAUAUUUUGUUCCUAAAUAAGAAUGCAAGCCACUGUUCGUGUAUAGUUCUUAACUACCUUAAACUUCAAAUUUUAUUUAGGAAAAUACAUAUAGUGGCUUAAACAUACAAACUAAUGCUUCAUUCGGCUAGAUCUCAUUGUCUUUGUUUUCAAUAUAAGACAGUUUUAUUGAUUAAGUAUCAACCUAACUACAAGGAUUGUGAUUUUACAGAUUAUGAGGCUAGUAUCACACCUUUCAGAACAAUCCUCGCACUGCUUUACUGCACUAGAGUUUGGAUUAAAUACCGACCGAAAACUUUGAUCGUAAUCAAAACAUACUCUAAAAUACACUAUUUCUGAGUGUUCUUCUAGGUAAGUUGAGUAGGUAAGGCAAGAUUUUGAAUCACGAGUCGAGUGUUCCUAUUACACAUAACAAGUUUUCCAGCUCAAAGUGAUAUGGUUUACUUGCAAAGAAAGAAAUACAGACUACCAUUUUUUUGGUAUAAUGUGUUUAAACUCGUAUCAAACAAACAUAAAACAUUCUAAUGAUGAGCUCAGUACGACUUAUAUUCAUUACUUAAGAAAUAGACAUCAAAACUAAAUGCUGGCACUAUUUAAAUGUUCACCGUUUACUACUUCUUAUUGUGUUGCAUUUCACUGUUGUUUUGUAAUUUGCUCAAUAUGGGAAUAAUAUAUACCUGAAGAGAAAAUAUUUAAUGAAGACCAAGUGUAUGAACUAACAUAUAAUAUAAUAAAACGUUUGUUUAGUGACGUGUUCAAACAUUUAUAAAUUUGAAAAUAGAUGUAGCGCUUAUUUUUGACUGCUAUGAGCCUUGUAAAUGAUAUAUUGUACUAUAAUUGUUUGCUGUGAGCCUUGUAAAUGACAUAUUGUACUAUUCUUCUUUGCUGUGAGCCUUGUAAAUUACAUAUUGUACUAUAGUUGUUUGCUGCGAGCCUUGUAAAUGACAUAUUGUACUAUUCUUCUUUACUGUGAGCCUUGUAAAUGACAUAUUGUACAAUAGUUGUUUGCUGUAAGCCUUGUAAAUGACAUAUUGUACUAUAGUUGUUUGCUGUGAGCCUUGUAAAUGACAUAUUGUACUAUAGUUGUUUGCUGUGAGCCUUGUAAAUGACAUAUUGUACUAUAGUUGUUUGCUGUGAGCCUUGUAAAUGACAUAAUAUACUAUAGUUGUUUGCUGUGAGCCUUGUAAAUGACAUAUUAUACUAUAGUCGUUUGCUGUGAGCCUUGUAACUGACAUAAUGUACUAUAGUUGUUUGUCGUGAGCCUUGCAAAUGACAUAUUGUACUAUAAUAGUUGUUUGCUGUGAGCCUUGUAAAUGUCAUAUUUACUAAAGUUGUUUGCUGUUAACCUGGUAAAUGACAAAUUGUACUAUGGUUGUUUGCUGCGAGCCUGGUAAACGACAUAUUGUACUAUAGUUGUUUGCUGUGAGCCUUGUAAAUGACAUAUUGUACUAUAGUUGUUUGCUGUGAGCCUGGUAAAUGACAUAUUGUACUGUGGUUGUUUGAUGUGAGCCUGGUAAAUGACAUAUUGUACUAUAGUUGUUUGCUGCGAGCCUGGUAAAUGGCAUACUAGUAUUGUACUAUAGUUGUUUGCUGUGAACCUGGUAAAUGACAUAUUGUGCUAUAUGUGCCAUGUGUUGUCCUUGCCUUGCAGAGAGUGGAAUAAAGGUUACCCUAUUUUGCAGUUAAAUUUAUUUUAUUAAACAAUAAUUACAUGUUGAUCAUUGUUAAACACGACAGUUUUAUUAAAACAAAAUAAUAACCAUCACAAUGCAAAAUAAUAAUUAUCAUCUCAAAACAAAAUAAUAAACAUCUAAAUAAAUCUAAAAAAAAAUCUGAAGCAAAAUCGACAAUUCCUAUAUAUUCAGUCUUUCACUAAAAUUUCCCUAUAGGGAAAUCAAUACAAUUGAAAUAUAUUAGCAAUGUCUGACUUUGAGCAAGUCUGAAACAGUCCAUCAUGAAAGUUAUGAUUUAUAGGUUUCUAAGUGAAAGAGACAUUAGUCUUUAUAACUGGCUUACAAAAUUGAUAUCACAGAGUUUCCUGAAAGAAUUUACAAAGGGGAUGCAUUUUCACCAUUUAUAAAUUGCUUAUAACUCAAGUUUCUGAUACAAAAAAAGACUUUGCUUAAUACAACAAAACAAUACAUAGUGUUGAAAAAAAUAAUGAACAUUUACUAUGUUUUAUGCUAUUUGUUAUUUACUUGAGUAUUGGAGAGACUUAAGUUCGUUUUAACAAAACAUAUGUGUACGUACCACCGUUUUAAUACGAGGGGCGUUCAAUAAAUUCCCGGAAAAGUGCUCUCAAUUCUUCAUGCAUCAUCAAAAAUAAAUGAAAAUGCUACAAAAUGUAGACUAGGGAAUACUGAGUUGAUACGUCAAAAUUAGAUUGUCUUUGGAUAUAUAAUAAGUAAAUUCGAGUCCCCAUAGCAACGUCAUGUGACGUCAUCCGGCCCAAUUUUGUCUCUUUUUCUAUUUUACAUGCACUGAAACAUUACUUGCCACUUACCUAUUUUUCAAGCUACAUUUUUUUUAAAUUGGGUGAAUAUAGAUAUGAAAAGUAAGCGUUACGCCAAUAACGUCAAACUAUAAAUGUGACAUCAUUAAAAUAUUUGGCAGGCAUAUUGAGUUGGUCUUCGCUUGAAAAUAAGUGUUGAACGGAGAUGUGAGAUAACAUUUUGUGUUUUGAAUCGAAAAUCAAGGAAAGAGACAAAUGCUAUGCUGAAAAAGGUUUAAGGGACAAUGCCCUGAAGAAAACAAAAUUUUAUUAGUGGGACGUGACGUUUAAAAGUGGUCAGGAGAAUAUUUCUGACGACUUGUGUUACAGACAUGAAAAAUAACGUUCAGUCACAUUUAAUGAAUUUAAGAGCUCCUUGAUAGGGCAUCAUUUCAGUGUUCAAUUUCUCCAAUACGACAGGAACAUCAU